AUGCCCAGCCAACCUGACUACUACAAGAUCCUCGGCGUAUCCCAGGAUGCGUCCCCGCAACAGAUUCGCACUGCGUAUAAGAGCCAUACGAUCCAGAACCAGAAUCGGAAACUAACCACCACCCAUCUACACUCCAGGGAAUCCCUAAAAAGCCACCCAGACCGCGUCCCCUCCGACUCCCCAGAACGCAACCAACGCACGAAAAAAUUCCAAGAAAUCAACGAAGCAUACUACACCCUCUCAGACCCAACCCGCCGCCGAGACUACGACACAGCACGCGCCUACGAAUCCGCCGACGAAGAAGUCAACGACGAAACACCACCCCCUCCACCGGGCGGUUUCCCAUGGUCCAAUUUCGGUUUCGGCGAGCGCGAAACACGCUCAGCCGAUCAGUUCGGCACCGUAUUUGAAGAAAUGAUGCGCGAGGAAGGAAUGGGUGAAGGAGGCGACGAUGGACGGACUCGGCCAACGUCUAAAUUUUGGGCUGUCGUUGGAGGUGUUAGUGGUGGUGCGAUCGGAUUUAUUGUGGGCAAUUUGCCAGGGGCGUUGGCGGGUGCUGUUGCGGGGAAUCGACUCGGUGCUGUGCGUGAUGCGAAGGGGAAGAGUGUUUAUGAGGUUUUUUUGGAGUUGCCGAAUUCUGAUCGGAGUCGGUUGUUGAGUGAGCUUGCUGCGAAGGUCUUUCAGAGUAGUAUGGGGGUAUAG